GAGGAAAUGUAUUAUGUACACAAUUCUAAAUUUUAUUAUAUUAUAAAAUCCAACAAUAUAAAGUUUCCAAGGGAACUGUAGCAAUCUCCCCUCUUGUGCCUUCUCUUUCAGAUGUCUUUAAAGGCUAUUUUUAUUUUAUUUGUGUUUUAUUCCGUGAUAUUAAGUUAUUUUAACCUAAAACUGUCAAUAGUACAUGCCUGUACAAUUGUAGCAGGUACCCAAUUUAGUUUUCCUUAUUUCCUUUGAGAAAAUUUUUUUAUACAGUAAACUGUUGGACUUAAAAUUGUAUUUAUUAGAUUGGAACAAGGGCGCCCUGGUGGAGCAACUGUAGAGCGUUGGCCUUACAGUUCUGAGGACCGGGGUUCAAAUAUGUCUGUGUGGAGUUUGUAUGUUCUCUCUGUGGCUGCUUGGGUUUUCUCCGGGCCCUCUGCUUUCUUCCCACAUCCCAAAAACAUGCGUAAAUCGAAGACUCGAAUUGCCCUUAGGUGUGAUUGUGAGUGCGACUGUUGUUUGUCUCCAUGUGCCCAGUGAUUGGCUGGCAACCAGUACAGGGUGUACCCUUCCUUCUGCCCGAUGAUAGCUGGGAUUGGCUCCGGCACUCCCGCGACACUUGGCAUCUUGUAACCAGCGGCACGACCCAUAUUUUGGCUUGUAGUCCAGGUGGCGGUGCUGUGUGACCUGUGUGGGAGCAACAAUGAAGUACUAAAGAAACAAAAGCACAUGUUGGAGCCUGAGAGUAAAAAGAGACGACAACAUUGUGUCACCCCUUUGGCUAGAGUUGCUGACAGGGGAUAACCCUUUAAAAUGGCCCCCCUCUCCUGUUGUGCCCCUCUCAUCCACACACGCGCACACACACACUAACUGACUGACCGCUACUAUGCACCUAAAGACAUAUCUUCUCUAACAAACACAGGAAACCAUCAACAGCAGCGGCAACACCCGAGGACCACAAAGGAACGUUUGCAAACAAGUGUGAUCGCCUCUGAAGCAGGAUAGCGCUCCUGAGGGGGUUGGGGAAAAAAAGGUAUACAGCUCCUCAUUUCACAUUUUUAAGAAUAAUAAACACAAAUAUCUGAGAACACCAUCUGCAGCUUCUUUGCCACAAAGUCAAGAAGUGACCCAAGCAGCAUUAUCAUGAUCGAGAGUGAGAGCGAGCUAUCGGCCAUGGUGCAAGAACUUUGGGACAACGACAUCAACAGACUACGACCUGGAAUGGACUACAGAAUAUCAUUACAGGGCAAAGCUGGAGACAACAUGGCUAUCAAAGACGAUGACAAUGAUGGAGCGGGAUAUCCUCUGUUUAAAUUUGUUGAUGAGAACAUUUUCCAGAAGGAGACCUUUUUAGCCUUUAUCUCCCUGUUGGAUAAUUAUGUGAGUGACACGGGGGAGCCAGAAAUUGUAACCCCUGAGGAGGUGGCGGAGAACCACAAAUUUCUGGACUCUAUUGUUAAGACUCCCACAAUGAAGAUAGCUCAUAAAUAUCUGGUGGAGAAGAAGCUCUCCCCACAAGAUGAGACGCAGUUCAAGGAGCAGCUCUACAGAAUCUGGUUUGAACUCUACGCCAGGAGAGGAUCCAGCAGGCCGGAUUCAUCCGGUUUUGAGCACGUGUUUGUUGGUGAAACCAGAGGAGGGCGGACGGUCAUAGGCUUUCACAAUUGGAUCCAGCUGUACCUGCAGGAAAAGCUGGGACACAUCGAUUACAAAGGCUACAGCAUCAACGCUAACUCGCCGCAGCCGGACGAGAACAAACACAUCUUGGCCCUGCAGUUCAGCUGGAAGAACGGCAUCAAGCCCAAAGGCAGCAUCUUCAUCGGUGUCAGUCCCGAGUUCGAGUUCGCCCUCUACACCCUGUGUUUCCUCAGCUCGCCCAAUGUGCGGGUCAAAGUCCAGUUCAGUUUCUAUGAUGUGGAGAUUGUGUGCCACCAUUACAACCAGAAACACAUAGGCACCACUUACCCCGUGCUCCUGAAGUACCAGAAAAACACUUAAAUUACAGCGAUAGCUUAAGUUUACAUGCCAAAAAUGUACAGGUACUGUUGGUGACGUUUUAGUUUUACUUGAAGAUACAAUAAAACCUUACAAAAUUUGA